AGCCAGCCGUCAAGCUCAAAAAUGGAGAACUACGAAGAGGAAUUUGCCAUGAUGGUCAAACAAUUCCGGAAGUUCAAGAAGUUCUUCAAGAAGGCUGAUUCAAUCAGAAGGCCAUCCAAGGGAAAGCCACAGGUAAGUGACUCCCCUCCUGAAUCUUAUUUAUGUUAUAACUGCAGGAAGCCUGGCCACUGGAAGUCAGCAUGCCCGUACCCAAAAGUGGAGAAGUACGGAGAAAGAGAAAGGAUCGAGAAGAAAAAGAAAGCAAUGGUUGCUGCUGAAAGUGACGAGUCAUCCAGCUCAAGCUCGGAUGAAGAAGCCCUCGUCUGCAUGGAGCGCAGAGUUGAGAAGUCCAACCAUGAGGAUAGGUGGACUAUGUCAGAAGAUGACACUCUCUGCCUAAUGGCCAAAGAUGAUGCUGAUCAAGAGGUAACCUCACAAACCUCCUGCUCAUCUUCUUAUAGCACACCAACUUCUGAAAAUCUUUUUGACCAGUUCAAAAAGAUGAUGAAAGACUUUGAGGAGAUAAAUCUCAAACACACAUCCUUAACAGAAGAGAACAAACUAUUGAGUGAAGAGAAUCUCAAGUUGACUGAAAGUCGGAAAAGUCAACUGAAUGAGAUCACUCAACUCAAGACUGAAAAUGAAUCUCUCUCUGAAAAGGUGAAAUCCCUUAAAAAAGAGCUAGGGAUACUCAAGUCCCAAGAAGCAGUGAACAAGCUGCUUGAAACGACCAAACAUAAGGGUCGCAAAGGACUUGGGUUUGACUCCUCUAGUUCCAAAAGGAAAGGGAAGACAACUUUCAUCCCUCCUAAACCUACUGCCAAACCUAAUAAGCAGAAAGGGAAGGAAAAGGAGAAACCAACAAAAGUUCCCAAAAAGGUAGUCCCUCCUAAGAACUAUAGGAAGCUGGACAGACCUCAAAAAGGAAAUAAUUUCAGAAGAAAACCUUCUAACCCCCAUUAUACACAAGGCUAUACUCAUUAUGGGGUAGACAGGAGUUUGCCAAGAAAUUCUGAGUGGAGAACUAUGCCAAGAUAUAGUCACCCUCCACCCCAGAAGCUAUUUGUGCCACCUAAGUAUGCUUAUAACCAACACAGGACACACUAUGCACAACCUAGACAAAACUAUAGGUCUUAUCAACCUAGGAAGAAGAAGAGGAAGAUCAACUCUCCAUCAACAUCUGGAAAUGUCAAUCCGGAUGAGUUGAAGGAGAAGGAACCUGCUGAGGAAACCUCUGCUCAAAACCGGAGCCCUCAACAACUUGAAGAAGAAAUUCCUCAAGUCCAAAGCCUUCCAACCUCAUCACCUCAACCUCAAAUAGAUGAUGCAGAUAACCAAUUCUGGCAGCUCUACUAUGAUUGGAAAGCCUGGAAAGUUGGAAAUUCAGCAGAGCAACUGUUGAAUUGGGACCAACAACUGAAGAAUGAGAAGAUCAUCAAGAACUGCUUAGGAAUACCAGUCAACCACAAAUGUGAACAAAUUUUGGAUGACUACUGGGUAUGGAAAAGGAAUCCUGAAGACUUGCAUCUGGAAUACCUAGCCAACACACCAGUUUCAGACUUUGAAGCAAAUGAUGAAGAUCCUGCAGUCUUCAAGUCAGUCUUCUCAAAAGACACAGAAGAUCAAGUGGUUUUCACUUCUGAAGCACAAGGUGUUUUGGAAGCAGCAGCUGAAGAUUUCCAAACACUUCCGGAAACCUCACAUGUUUCUGAAAUGGUUCUAACUGAAGUUGUAGAAGAUAAGUCAACCUCUCCCCCACAAGAACAGAACCAGAAAACAGCAGAAGAAGAAGAAUUUCAGCAAUUAAUCCAAUCUCAAGUUUUGGAGAUUCUCACCACUCCUUGUGAGAUCUCCAAUCCUAUUGAAAUUGAGAUCCCGGAGAAGUCAGCAGAAAUUCCGGAACAGUUAGCUCUUCCAGAAACAAUGGAGCAAGCUGUUGAAGCACAAAAGAAUUCUGGAGCAGCUGAAAAGGAAACUCAAAUGGCAGAACUAGAGGUCUCUCAAACUCCAGUAACCAUUUUUGAAGAACAGAAUGCAGCUGAAGAAAGAGACUCCCUCUCUAGGGAUAUAUCAAAUUUUGCGCUUGAUGAAGCAGAAGGAGAGUCUGAAAGAACACUGAAGGUUACUGAUGAAGAAAAUGUACAAGAAGAUGCUGAAUCUCUUCCUAUGCAACUCUUCCAAAGAACACCAUCCUCUCAUCAGGUAACCAAUUUUCAUUUCCAUAGCUCUUCCACCCCUACACUUUCGGAUGAGAUACCGGAAAUCUGGACAAAGAAGGUCCAAAGGCUGAUUGAAUCAGCCCUAGCAUCUCAACAUGCCUCCUUUAGGCAAGAGAUAGAGCAAAUGGAAGUCAGGUACACCCAGCUCAUAGAGAAAUCUGAAGGAAAACACAGCGCAGAUCUCAAAGUAAUAAGCAAAUCAGUGCACAAGACUCUGGAGAUUAUCUCUCUAUUGAGUGGAAUUGUGAGCAACACGAUGGAAAUAUAUGCCUCUGACAGUCAACUUCAACUCAAAGAGAUCAACAAAGUCAAAGAGCAAAUAGCGAGUGUCACAGUUAGUCUCCAAAAACAGAUGUCCCUUCUCCAAAUGGACAUCAGAUCAGCCCUAGCAGUAGCUUCUGCAAAUCAGGUAGUGACCAAAGACUACUUUAAGGUGAUCAUUGACAAUCAAAAGGAAGCAUACAAGCUGUUCAGACUUAUUGGCGCAAAUUCUGGAAACCGCAAGAUGGAAGUAAUUCUCCAACAACACAGUCCAUCUCCAAUACCACAGCUCCCUAUUGCAGUCAAAGAAGGAGAAGUAUCUUAUAUUCCUUCUCAUCUGAACAUGACAAAUCUAAUCAGGGUUAUUAGUAUAGUGGAUUUAUUACCCAAAUGUGAUAAGGCCGAAACCGCCCACAUUUGGUCUUCUUUGUAUUCUCACGAACUUUUGUUGAGAAAGAUCAAAGAGGAAGAAAUGCGUGAAAAUCCCAAGCUUACCAACGCCUUCAAAGCUUCCAAAGACUCGUCAAGUGAAGAAUCAAGCGAGUCAUGUGAUUCAAAUGACUCGAGCUCCUCGGAAGAGUCAAAUGACGAGGAAGAUGAAGAGAAGGCGAUGAGAAUGAAAUAUACGGAUUUCCUCAAAUGCAAGAAGUAUGUGAAGAGGAAAGAAGUGGAAGCCAAGAAGGUGGCGUAUUUGAGGUACGUGGAGUGUAGUGAUGAUGAGGCUAGAGCGGCUCUGCGAGCAGAGUACAAGACUGCGCGUAAGGAAGCUAAGCUAGAGGUGAUGAGGGCAAAGAAUGCAGCUUUUUAUCGCCUUUACUGGGAUAUAGAGGAGCAAGGCGGGGAUAAGCCACUCUUCCGACUGGCGAAGGCACGUGAGAGGAAUGCCAGGGACUUGGACCACAACGAAAUUGCUCCCGUGUUCCUCUUCGUCCGUUCACUGCCAGCUGAGCCAGAGUCCAGAAGCCAGAGACGGAGCUGCAUCGCAGCUGGAAAUCUUCGUCGCCGUCGUGUGUCCUCGCUGGAAUUGUCAUCGCCGGACCUAGGGUCGGAACCCUAGGUCAGCUCUUCUCUAUUUUUCGCUCUGCGAUCACUCCCCGUUUCUUUCUGCAAUAGCUUCCUUUUAUAAUUGUAGCAUGAAGAGAUUGAAUUGAAUCAGGCUUGAUUUCUUUGCGUUGGAGCCGGAGAAGGAGACUUCGCUGUUUCCGUU